AUCCAUCUCUCUUUCUCUUUCUCUCUCCCUCCGUCUCUCUUACUCUCUCUCUCUCUCUCUUUCCUCCUCCCUAGGUGCAGUACAGAGUGUAUGAUGAGAUGUGUUCGGUGCUGGACGGGCGCUACCCUCAGUACAGUGACAGACACAGGCUGCCAGUUCUGUGUGCUGUGAUCAGUGAGGUGCUCAGACUCAGACCUGUGGCUCCGCUAGCCGUGCCUCACAGAGCCAUCAGAGACAGCAGUAUUGCAGGCUACUUCAUCCCUAAAAACACUGUCAUCAUCCCCAAUUUGUUUGGGGCGCAUCAUGACCCUGCAGUGUGGACGGAUCCCUAUGCCUUCAAACCAGAGCGGUUCCUGGAGGGUGGGGGGGCCUCGACGCGUGCUCUCCUGCCUUUCGGCGGGGGCGCUCGGCUGUGUUUGGGGGAGGCCGUGGCCAAAAUGGAAUUGUUUCUGUUCACCGCCUACUUGUUGCGUGAUUUCCAGUUCGUACCAGCUGAAAGCCAGACCUCUCUACCAGACCUGACAGGAGUAGCCAGUGUGGUACUCAAAGCCAAGGCCUACACAGUCAUAGCACAGCCCAGACCUGGGCCUUGACCUCUCACAGAGUUUGUUCAUGUACAGUGAUCACAUUACAUUUCUAUCAAUCAUUAGGCUCUAGAGGAAGUAUUCCUGUAAGAGAAGGCAUAUAUUGUGUAGUAUUGUGCAGUAAUG